AUGAUUCCGAUGUUUCGCACCUUGUCGAGAGGAGUCUUGAGCAAUUCCGCAUGGUGGUCUGUGGAGUUUCUGGCCAAUGACGAAUGGAACAGGCGUCGUCCUUGGCUCAAAAAGACAGACCCAAGUCUGACACCCCGGGAAAUCAUGACUGAAAAAAUAUUUGAGAAAAAUAAUUCGAUACUCUUCCCAAUGACUACGACCCCGUUCGAUAUUAAGAAGACCUAUCUUAGGUUCCUUGAAGAGGAUCCGGAGAUCACAAUGCCUGUGGCGGCUAUUGAGAGUCUGGUAACGAUGCUGAGAAUCAAGCAACCGUCCACUUCUUCGGAACUCAUAAAUCUCCUAUCAGACGCAACAACCCAUCUGAAAACGUCCAUUCCUAAUGCCAUUUCUCUCUCCGCCGGUUGCGACCUGUUUACGAGAUUCGUUCUCAGAAAUACACAUCUAUACUCCGACUGGGAAUCGUGCCGAACUCAUCUGGUGGAAAAUGGCCAAUUAUUCUUGCAAAGAGCCAAAGAAAGCAGAGAGAUGAUCGCCCAGGUCGGUCUCAAAUUCAUCAGAGACGACGACACCGUGCUUGUGCAUUCGUAUUCGAGAGUCGUCUUGCACCUGCUGGUUCACGCCAAGAAGAAGUUUGUGCGGUUCCGUGUCUUUGUGACCGAAUCCAAGGUAGAAAACGAUGCCAACGAGGGUAUCAAAAUGGCCAACGCUUUGAGAGAAGAGGGCAUCCCAGUUUGUCUGAUCAAUGACUCCCAGGUCGGUUACGUUCUUAAUAAGGUCGACAAGGUGUUCAUGGGAGCAGAAGGUGUAUCUGAGAGUGGAGGUAUCAUAAACAGAAUGGGAUCUUACCAAAUAGGAGUUCUUGCGAAGAACGCCCAGAAACCCCUGUAUGUUGUUUCUGAAUCUCACAAGUUUGUCAGAAUGUUCCCAUUGGCACCUGACGAUCUCCCAGUGCCGCCUGAAGGCGCUCUCAACUUCUCUCUGGAUACCACCAAGGGAUUCAAUGCUUACCAUCAUGUCGACUUCACGCCUCACCAAUACAUAACGGCUCUCAUUUCCGAUCUCGGUGUGCUCACUCCAUCGGCAGUCUCAGAGGAACUGAUCAAGAUGUGGUACGGAUGA